CAUGGGACCCAUGAUGCAUGAGGGACAUGUGUUAAGAUAAUAAAAAUUUUCAUCCUUAAUCACAUUCAUUUCAACCCUUAAAACCUUUUUAUUUUUCUUCCAAUUUUCUCUCUCAUCCUCCCUUCAAUUGAAUUGACCCUCUAAAAAAGAAAAAAAAAGAGAGUAUCUUUUGUUUCUCUCUCUUCUGGCAAUAAGAGGAGGAGUUUUUUAGAGAAGAUAUAUAUUCAUAAAAGUUUAUUUUUGUGUUGAAUGAGGUUGUACGUUCGAUCCAAACUCAAGGGUAAAAAGAAUGUUAAUACAAGUAUUAUUCACAUAUUAGAAACUUAGAAAGUAGAAACACAGAAAUAGUAGUGUAGAAGAAAGGUGGGGUUUUUCAUGAAAAACCCUCUUCUUUCUCUCUCAUAUCUUCUCCAGUCUCCUCUACUGGGAGGAGUGAUGUUAUGAAGUCACCAAACCAAAAAAAUUAUAAACCGACAUCAUCAAAUCUCAUCUGGGUUUUUUUUGAAACUCAACUUAACAGAAAUAAAGAAAUUAAAGAUAUGUUUUUUCAGAUCCUUUUAAACUCUUCCUGUUAUUCCUAGUAUAGGGUUUUUUGAUUUUUUUUUUUUUUUGCUCUUUUUUUUUUCUGGGUUUUAUGAAUAUCUGGGUUUUGUAACCAAGGCAAAUUUGCUGAUUUUUUUUUUGGGGGGGAUUUUUUUGUUGGGUUUUGUUUUGUGUAAUGGGGGGAAGUGGAAGGGCUCUUGCUUGAGCAAGGGCUUUGAAAUUGUUGAAAACUUCCUUAAGCUUUUUUUUUUUUUUGUUUUUUUUGUUUUUUUUGGGAUUUUUGGAUUUAGAGGAGAAGAGAUAUGGUGGGUGGUGGGUCAAAUGAGGAAGAAGGUAGAAAGAGAUUAGAUGAGACAGUUGGAGGAUUAGUCUGGGUUCGACGUCGAAACGGGUCAUGGUGGCCGGGUCAGAUUGUGGGUGUAGAUGAGUUAUCUGAGAAUGGUGUGAGCUCUCCAAGAUCUGGGACACCCGUCAAGCUAUUGGGUCGAGAUGACUCAAGUGUGGACUGGUAUGAUCUUGAGACAACUAAAGGGAUCAAGGCAUUUCGUUGUGGAGAAUAUGACAACUGCAUUGAGCAAGCAAAGAUCUCUGGGCCUAAAUUUUUGAAGAGAUCAUUGAAAUAUCCUCGAAGAGAAAUUGCGAUUAUUCGGGCUCUAGAAAUCGAAAACACCUGCCUGUUCAAAGAUGCCCCAAGCCUCAAUGACAAACCAGAUAAUGGAAGACCGGUCAAUCGUGAAAAUGGUACUGCCUCCACUUCUCGUCCUACCAAAGACAGCGAGUGUUCUUCCAAGGAAACAAGUUCAGAGGAAACAGCAAGUGCUCGUGAAGAGAAUUCAAAUUCAAAUUCAACGCAGGAGCUGUCUCAUUCUGGUAUUUCAUAUGAAGAGACUAAUGGGUCCACUGGUCUGAAGGGGCAGCAAAUCAAAGGGAAGAGGAGGAAAACUCCAAAUGAUUCGGAAGAUGAUGGUAAUGAAGGGUUUAAGCGUAUGAAAGGACUGAAUGACCUGGGGGUGCGCUCAGAGCGGAAAAUUCAAGUUUUGGCAUUGGCAAAUCCAGCUCCACCAAGUAGUGUAUCACUUAAUGGUAGUACACGUGCUGCUAAUUGUACAGCAGUGGCGAAUGGAGGUGCUCUGCCGACAUUUAAGAAAAAGAGAUCUCAAGUGGUUCAUAUACACGAGCUCUUGAAAAGGAAAUACCGCCGGCGUCCACUGACUAAGGUUUUGGAAAAUACAACAAUGGUCCCUGUUCGGAUUAUUUGUGAUGAAUUUGCAAAUCCUUUUGAGAGAUCUGAUGCUAUAUCUCCUACUUAUGAAUUUGAAGAUGGUACCAAGGCCAAGGAGACUACUCAUCUGUUGAACAGACACCAUCACCUUCCUCUUCCUGAGGUUGAUUCUUCAGAUGUACUAUAUGAGGUCCCAUUUAUUGACGAGGAACUGCAACCUUCUGGUUUCUCGCCAGACUGGAAACCCUCCUCCUCCUUGAAGCCUCUUGUUGGUCCUUUGAAAGGGGAUUUCAAUCGCAAUUUUCAUGUUCAUGCCUCUUCUUUUCUUGAGCAUGAGGCACUUGAUGAGCCUGGUCCUAUUUACUGUGCUUCCCAUGUCAGCCAGAAGGUGGAGAAAAGCGCUUCUAAAUGGCAAUCGAAAGGAAAAAGAAAGGCAAGAUAUGUGAGUAAAUAUGAUGAAAUGAAUUCCCAAAAGAAGCCAGAUGUUGGUCAUGAUAAGUCGGAUGCUUAUGGCAUGGGUCUUGACAGUCCAGGCCCAAGCUCAAAUGGGUUAAUCAAUGGGUUCACAGAUCUGAGAAAACACAUUUCUUCUCAGAGAUCAUUCUCAUAUCAUCAGUCUCACUCCCGUUUCUUAGUUCCCUCCAGUUUGGAGUUGCCUGAUGUUCCAUCACUCACACUGUAUGAGGUUGAAGUCACGGUGGAAGCUACCAGGUCGCAGGUGCAACAUGUUCCUUAUAUAUCUCUUAUGAGCAAGUUGAGUGGUAAACCUAUCACGGGUCAUCCAGUUGCAGUCGAGGCUUUAGAAGACGGGUUUUGUGAUCUUCAGGCCUGUGAUUACCCAGCGAGCGGAAGCUGUGAGUUAGAUGAUGAAGAUACAGAGAUGGAUUUCGUAAUUGAGCCCAAAACAAAGCACAUCAAACUCCAAUCUCAUUUCCCUCGGCGUAGAGGUAAAGGUAAAAAAGGUAAAGGUAAAGGUAAAUCUUCCAAGUCAAAAAAGAGACAUGGUUCUUCAUCAAAGAAAACAAGGAAGUUGUCAUCACUAACUGGUCCUCACAAGCUAAACCCAGAAAAAAGAAAACCUAUGGUACAGACUUCCAAAGGUCCUACACUAGCUUGUGUUCCAUUGAAGAUAGUUUUCAGUAGGAUAAAUGAGGCUUUAAAUGGUUCAACACGAUCAGCUCACCGUGCCGCGACAUUGAAUAACACAUGACAGUGAACCCCCCAGGUUCAAAUUUACAGUAGGCUGGGGGUGAAAACAUUUUUACUUUUUACUUUUUUCUUUUUUUUAGCCUCUGGAUUUAUCUAUUUUAGAGAUUGUAGAAUCUAUGAGGUAGUCUAAUUUCUGCUUAGCAAUUCAAAGUGUAACGAAUAUGAUCAAUUUUAAUUUGUACAUUCGGUCUGAUUAGUAGGAGCUUCAUUUUUUUCUUGGUUAUGACACUUCUUGCAUUAUUGGCAACACUAGUUGAAACUUGAAACUGACAAGUUUGCUAAAAUAAGCCAAAUGUAAUGUUAUUCUGGUAGAAGUAGAAUUCAUCGUUUCUUUUGCUGGAAUAUUUAUUUUUAUUUUGUAAGAUACUUGUAUUUUGAUACAUUAUAUAUAUCUGUAGUCUAUACUU